AUGAUCAGCUCCGCGAAACGCCUCGGUAAACGCAUCAUCGGGUAUCCAGAGGAGAUUGUCCCCGUCGUCUCUUCCAAGGACUAUGUACUUCAAUACACCCAGGACCCCGGUAAACGGGUGGUGGAUUAUCUUGUCGGCUUGUUCCCUAUAUUUGGAUGGAUCACUAGAUACAAUCUGGGAUGGCUUACUGGAGAUGUUAUUGCUGGACUUACUGUUGGGAUGGUCAUCGUUCCGCAGAGCAUGUCCUACGCUCAGAUUGCCACCCUCGAUCCCGAAUAUGGGCUCUAUUCUUCGUUCGUUGGUGUAUUGAUAUACUGCUUUUUUGCAACUUCGAAAGACGUGUCCAUUGGUCCAGUCGCUGUCAUGUCCUUGACUGUAUCCCAGAUCAUCAGUUAUAUCGAUAAAAAACAUCCCAGUGAAUGGGGAGGUCCUCAAAUAGCCACCACUGUCGCGUUCAUCGCUGGUUUUAUCGUCUUGGGCAUUGGACUCUUGCGGCUGGGAUGGAUAGUUGACUUUAUUCCUGCACCGGCCGUCAGCGGUUUUAUGACCGGUUCUGCGAUUAAUAUCAUCGCUGGUCAAGUUCCUGGAUUAAUGGGUAUCACUGGUUUCAAUACUCGCGCUGCCACUUACGAAGUUAUCAUAAACACCUUGAAGGGACUGCCGAAUACCAAGCUUGAUGCCGCUUGGGGACUGACCGGAUUGGUUGCAUUAUACGCCAUCCGCAUCAUAUGCGAUCAGCUCACAAAGCGUUUCCCUCGCAGAGGACGACUGUUCUUCUUCAUCUCUGUUUUCAGGAAUGCCUUUGUCAUCCUUAUUCUGACAAUCGCUGCAUGGCUGUACACAAGACACCGACGUAGCAAGUCGGGAAGCUACCCAAUCAAAAUCUUAAAGACGGUCCCCAGUGGUCUCAGACACGUCGGUCAGCCCAACAUCGACCCAAAGCUUGUUUCUGCUUUGGCUGCGAAACUUCCUGUUGCAGUUAUUAUUCUAUUGCUUGAGCACAUCGCUAUUGCAAAGUCGUUCGGACGAGUGAAUGGUUACAAAAUCAACCCUAACCAAGAGCUCAUCGCCAUAGGAGUUACGAACACCGUGGGUUCAUGUUUCGGCGCGUAUCCUGCUACAGGCUCGUUCUCUCGCUCUGCCUUGAAAUCGAAGUCCGGUGUAAGAACUCCUGCCGCUGGUAUCAUCACUGCAGUUGUCGUGAUUGUGGCACUGUAUGGCCUAACACCUGCAUUCUACUGGAUCCCUACCGCAGGUCUUUCUGCCGUGAUUAUCCAUGCAGUGGCUGAUCUGGUAGCAUCUCCUCGGCAGGUCUAUUCCUACUGGCGAGUGUCUCCCUUGGAAUUUGUGAUAUGGGUCGCGGCAGUUCUCGUAACGAUAUUUUCAUCCAUCGAAAACGGCAUAUACGUGUCCAUCUGCACGUCUCUGGCCCUCCUCCUCAUACGCAUCGCUCAUCCUCGCGGAUACUUCCUCGGUAAAGUCACUCUGAAUGACGAUUCAGAUAAACAUCGCCAAGAGGUGUUUGUUCCCCUCACAAAGGAUGGCAUCACCAACUCAGACGUUCAAGUCACCCCGCCGUCUCCUGGUGUCAUUGUUUACCGGUUCGAAGAAAGCUUCCUCUACCCCAACAGCUCGCAGUUGAACUCAACCCUCGUGGACUAUGUCAAGAAGAACACGAGAAGAGGCAAAGACAUGAGCACGGUGAAGCUGAGCGACCGAGCAUGGAACGAUCCUGGACCCAAGCGAGGCGAUCACGAUGCUGCAGCCGAAGCCAACGCGAAUCUUCCAACUCUACGGGCCGUUGUUCUCGAUUUCUCUGUGAUCUCGCAAAUUGAUACUACUGCUGUCCAAGCGCUAAUAGAUACCCGGAAUGAAAUAGAACGAUGGACCGACCACCCUGUAGAGUUUCACUUUGCCACUAUCCUCUCUCCCUGGAUCCGCCGGGCGCUAAUCGCUGGUGGGUUUGGUAUAGGCCAGCGAGUGCCUCAGGAAAUCGCGGCCGUUGUCCCCUAUCGAGACGGUACAUCUGUACCAUCGGAGCUGCACGAAGGAGACAUCGAGACAGCAGACUGGAAACAGGAUAGAAGCUCAAGGGCUUCGGUCAGACAGGAUGAUUCUACUCGGCAAACACCAUUUUUCCACUUUGAUCUUGUAUCUGCAGUUUACGCUGCAGAGAACGGGCCCAUCAAAUCAUGA